ACACUGUACGGCCUUCAGUCCUCCCGCUGUGACUGUCACCUGUGGGGUCCUCCUGCCUGCACCUUUAGCCAGAACCUGCUCCAGACCCCAGCAAUGGCGGACCGUGCGCCCUUCGAAACGGAUAUCAGCACCUUGACCCGCUUCGUCAUGGAGGAGGGCAGGAAGGCUCGGGGCACGGGGGAAUUGACCCAGCUGCUGAAUUCGCUCUGCACCGCAAUCAAAGCCAUCUCGUCAGCGGUGCGCCAGGCGGGCAUCGCACAGCUCUAUGGUAUCGCUGGCUCAACCAAUGUGACUGGGGAUCAAGUGAAGAAGCUGGACAUACUUUCCAAUAACUUUGUGAUCAAUAUGCUGAAGUCGUCCUACUCUACCUGUGUUCUCGUGUCUGAAGAAGAUUCAGAUGCCAUCAUAAUAGAGCCUGAUAAGAGGGGAAAAUAUGUUGUCUGUUUUGAUCCCCUCGAUGGCUCAUCCAACAUCGACUGCCUUGUGUCCAUUGGAACCAUUUUUGGCAUUUACAGAAAGAAAACAGCUGGUGAGCCUUCAGAGAAGGAUGCUCUGCAGCCAGGCCGAGACCUGGUGGCAGCCGGCUAUGCACUCUAUGGCAGCGCCACCAUGUUGGUCCUUGCCAUGGACUGCGGUGUCAACUGCUUCAUGCUGGACCCGUCCAUUGGAGAAUUCAUUAUGGUGGACAAGGAUGUGAAGAUCAAGAAGAAAGGUAACAUCUACAGCAUUAACGAGGGCUAUGCCAAGGACUUUGACCCUGCCAUCAAUGAGUAUAUCCAGAGGAAGAAGUUCCCCCAGGAUGGUUCAGCUCCCUUUGGUGCCCGGUAUGUGGGAUCCAUGGUAGCUGACGUUCACCGCACUCUGGUGUACGGAGGGAUCUUUUUAUACCCCGCCAACAAGAAAAGCCCAAAAGGAAAGGUACGUUCAUCCCCCAAAGACGAGAGAGAGAGAGAGAGAGAGGCAGUGGGAUUCGUUUCCAGCCCUAGGGGGAUUUGA